UUCGUGGUGUCUAGUGUUUAAGUAAAGUGAAUCUUGUUUAGCUCUAACGAUUACAAAAGCAUCACAUCUAAACCAUAUGAAAACACUCACUGGAAAUAAACUCAAAAUUUGCAAGCUUUGUGGAAAGUCCUAAAACAAAUCAUCAUACGAGAGAGAGUAAAUACAGGAUAGAACUCGAUGCUUGUGAUUUUUGUGGAAAAUGCUUUACAAUGUCGAGCAAUUUGAAGAUUCAUGAGCGGAUCUACACAGGAAUCAGUCCCUUUUCAUGCAAAUUUUGUGGGAAGUGUUUCACGACGCCUAGAAAUUUAAAAAGACAUACCCGAAUUCACACAGGAGAAAAACCAUUCGACUGUAAACAUUGUGGAAAAUGUUUCUCACAAAAGGCACAUUUAAAGAAUCAUAUCUUCAUUCACACUGGAGAUAAACCUCAUUCUUGCAAACAAUGUGGAAAAUGUUUUAAUAAGUCGUAUUAUUUAAAGGUUCAUAUGCGAAUCCACGCAGAAAUAAAACCAUAUACUUGUAAAUAUUGUGGAAAGUAUUUUACAGUGUCGAGUGGUUUAAUGGCUCACGAAAGAAUCCACACAGGGAUCAAACCAUACAAAUGCAAAUAUUGUGAGAAAUGUUUCGUAACUGCUGGAAAUUUAGAAAGACACCACCGAAGACACACCGGUGAAAAACCAUUCAGUUGUGAACAGUGCAGAAAAAGUUUCACAACAUCAAAUGAUUUAAAAGUUCAUGGGCGGAUCGACACAGAAAUCAGUCCCUUUUCAUGCAAAUUUUGUGGGAAGUGUUUCACGACGCCUGGAAAUUUAAAAAGACAUACCCGAAUUCACACAGGAGAAAAACCAUUCAUUUGUGAAUAUUGCAGAAAAUGUUUCUCACAAAUGGAACAUUUAAAAAGACAUCUCUAUUCACACCGGAGAAAAACCUUAUUCUUGUAAAGAAUGUGGGAAAUGUUUUGCAUCAUCCUCUUAUUUGAAGGUUCAUAUGCGAACCCACACAGCAUUCUAACCAUAUACAUGCCAACUCUGUGGGAGGUAUUUCUCGAUGCCUGGAAAUUUUAACCAAGCAUACCCAAAUUCAUACCAGGAAAGCAUCACACACUCGUGAACAUUGCGGAUUGGUAUGAAGGUCACACCAAUUUGACAUCUAUAUCAUCUUAUUUAAAUUAAUACUGGAAAAACCCUUACUCAUGUUGUCUAAUUUAAAAUUAAAAUUUGUUUUCCCAUGAUAGUGUAAUUUGGAGAUAAUUUUUUUAUCAGAUUGCUUUAUUUGCUGCUAUAAUACAGCAUUUGCUGUCGCUGACUGGAUGAUUCACAGAGUCUCUCGCGAUUUCACGUCAAUUGCUGUUAAUCAAUUUCCUGAUUAUUUAGUUUACUAUGUUUUUCUGUUGCUUUAAAUUGAUUCUUGCGUUGACGGGAAAUAAAUAUCUGAAAUUACUAUUGUAA